UGCUGAGGCAGAGAGAAAUUUGACUACGGCUAUGUCUAACCAACACCUUUUUACCCUAGAAUGUUGUUUGAAGGUUUACCUUGAUGAAUGGGGAGAAAUUUGAGGGGAAAUAGGUAAAUUUUAAAUUGUAUUGUAGUUUCAACAGUUGUCAUUAUCGUUACAGUAUUAUGUAACCUGCAUCACAAUGAAAAGAUGUAGGCCUAUUUGGUACCUAAAAACAAUAUACUGUAGUUGGGUGUUUAUUACAGAAGAUUCAUUAGGGAAUACACUUUUUAAGCACCUGGCAGAUGGUGUCUCAAAGCCAAGUCAUAUAUCAUGCUGAAGUGUCUUCUAUCAGAAAAGCUAGCCCCGAUUUACGAGCAAUUUGCUUAGAAGCUUCUGCAGCCAGGGGCCUGCUGUAAUCAGCUGCGAACUAUAAAUUUUCAUCAAGUGUCCAACGGCCUGUGAUGGGCCUGGUGACACUGGCACCCUUCCUUCCUCCGUCACUCCGUCUCCUUCGUAUUGCGUUAGCGUAAACACCGAGUAAUGAAUUCGCGGAUGCUUCGUGUGUUUCCCAGAUUUACUGCUCGGCCUGUCAAUUGCAUGCAGAUUUAUUAUGGCUCAAUCUACUCUCGUAGAUACACCAUCUCAUUAAAUGUGGCUCAUCGCGGGAGGUAUACUAUAGUGUCUAUAUCAGGGGUGUUUUUCAAUGAAUUUCUCCAAUGAGUUUCAAAUAGUUGUCCAGUCCCUCCAUUGGAUAUCUAUACUGGUCUUUCUACAUUAAUUAUUGAGACGGUAUAUUCAUUGAGAAAGGGAUACUAGUUCUAUGUAAACAAGAAUAAAUUGAGCAAUCCCAAAUGAGAAAAUGUUUAAAGACCAAUUUCAUUUUAUUCAAAUCACUCCUAUUAAGGAAGGGAGGGUGUACAUGUAGUUUAUCCGAGUGCACUUCCUCCUCCUGCCAAUUAGAAAAUAUAAUUUAGCUUUAUCAGCAUCAGUUUAUCACAGGAAAUAUUGAACAUUUCAGAGUUCACACAGGUCAAUUGUGUAUAAAGGCAAUUGGGUUCGAAUUUCUCACACCAUUCGCGCACCCACAGGCAAGAGGUUCAAGUGCAGGAAAGUGCAUUAACAUCAUCUGCAGAGAUUUGCAUCAGAUUAGUCAAUUUUGUGUUCAGCCAUCGUGGCAUUGGGACAAAGGAAGAAUUCAACUCUCUGUUCACCAACGAUUUGUCUGUUUAUGAUGAUGAAUUCCUGUUGUUUAGAAUAUGGUCCUUGUAUCUCUAAAGGUGGGACAAUGAUAAAUAUGUAAUCAUUGAACUUGAUGUGUAUUCCAGAUGUCCCAUCAUGCACCAUCCGUCAACAUUGGAUUUGAUCUAAUUAAGUUUUAAUAGAGUAUGAAACACAGAUUAAUUAAUUUCUAGUUGCAGUUUGUGUUGUUUUCUUGUAGUAUGUAUGGAUAGUUGAUUGUUGGAUUUGAUCUAAUUAAGUUCGAAUAGAGCAUGAAACACAUUGAUUAUUUGUAGUUUCUGUCAUAGUUUCAUUGGAUACUUGUUUGAUAAAUUAUUAAACCUGUAUGAAAAACUAUGAAUUAGGAUCUGCAUUGUUUUUAAGUUAAAAAUAGAAAUAAUAGUGUUGAAUUUAGAAAUAUAGCACUAGGGCAAAAACUAACAUCAAUAGUGGAAGCCAAGAUUAUUUUUCAUUUUAUUUUAUUAUUUUUGGGGUAAAACAUGAUGUACAUUUAGGAGAUAAUGGAUUCCUCAACACUUCACUGCAUUGUCAUUAAUUUGCUGUAUAUCAAGGAAGGAAUGACAAACAGUGACACAAAGAAACAACAUGGCAAGUGUCACUUACCCUACAAGACAAGCAGAAUUCUAUUGAAGCCAAACAUUGGAUUGUAAGGCACACUCCUAUGUGCUGUUGCUAACCAAGCACGUCUAGGUGCUUUCGGAAUUUGAAUCCAUCAAUAGAAAUGUAAUUUAUUUCUUUGACAAAUUAAGUUACAGCCCAAUAGAUUGUUCCCUUCUUUCUCUUUCCCCAUUCCAGGUCUGUUUUUAUCCGAUGGGUAUCUAUCUAUCUAACCCCAGACCAUGUUGGCCUAGAAAUAGUACAGCGGUUAUCCCUGCAUGUAUUUCUGGAAAACGUAUUUGAUUUUUGCAUGGCCUAGCAAGGCCCAGAUUCACAGAACUAAGUGGAUUUAGGGCAAUUGGGACGGGAUAAAAUGCAAUCUAUUAUCGAGAAUCAUGUUCAAAUAGACAAUCACGCUGAUACCUCUUUUUUUUCUUUCUCUCCUGCAUCUCCCAGAUUGUAGUAUUGAGUUGAAGGCAUGUUUAUUUAUGGAAACUGAAAGGAGAAUAUUUAUAAAUACAUGUAGGCCUACAUAUCUUAACUGAUCAAGUGUAAACAUAUCUACACUUUUAAAUGCUUUGAAGUCUGUGUAGUGUUGUUCAUGUUUCACAUGGCAAGUGUCUGUGUAGUGGAAGAAAUGUAGUUGAAUUUAUGAAUGUUCUCACAAUAAAAUGCAGCAUAUAUUGCAGCUUUGCCAUGUAGGGGAAUCAUGUUGAUGACGAGACUUGAACGGAAGUACAGGUAGUUGCAGCAAGCGAUAACUUUAUUAUAAGUCUUUAAAAUCAAGAUUAAUAUAUCAGCAUAGACCUAGGUCUGGUUCAUUAAUUUAAUGCUAUCUCUGAGAAGUAAUGAAAUCUGAGCCAAAAAUGAUUACAGAGAAGAUCACCAACACAGAUAAGCACAUGUGGGACAGUGUGUUAUUGUUGCUUAGAGAAGGACUGGACAUUUAAAUGGCAUGCCAUGCUGAUUUUGUUCAUUUCUAAGCAAUUGCACUUUUAAAUAAAAACAAAAAACAAACACAGAAUCCUUUGGUGCAUAUUUUUAAUUUGGUAGUAUUCAUACAAAUACUUGGGAGAUCAUUUGUUGGAUUCUGUCUAAAUCAUUUUUAGAUUGUUUGUUACCACAGUACCUUUUUUUUUCUUUCCGGAAUCAAAUGAAAGGCAAACUUGUAGCCUGAACUUAUCAAUUGUGCAAACAAAGAGUUUUUAACAGCCAGUGCUAGAUUCAUGGAAGAGAAAGUGAUACAAGAUAUCAUGAGCAGAGAACCAGAAGGGCCCUUUUGCAGAUCAAAGAUAUUCCGCGGAGAACCAGAAGGGCGCUAUUACCAUUGAUCUUGUAUGUACAGCAUUAGUGCCUUUCUGGUUCUCAUCUGAUGAUAUAUACAUACAGCUUGUGAUUACAUAUCUAAUCAGGACAGGGAUCUAUCGUUCUGAUUGAUUGGACUGAGGAAGAAAAAUAUGAGAAGAGUAUUAAAGGAAGGAGUGUUUGCUUGAGCUAGUGAGCAUGAAGAUGAUCAUUUUUUCCCACUUUUAAUUUGAUAGCCCUAAGCAUCGCUGAAAAGCCAAUUUCGGCAGCACAAGGCAGAGGGGCUGCCAGUGGCAUGGCGUAAUCAGAGAGACUACAAACACGCAAAUCGUGAGGCAGCAAAUGUACGAGAUUAAGGUCACAAAGUACAGGACAUCGCAGGACCUGAGUGUAAAGCAGUGGAAUGAGAGGGGGGGGGGGGGAAGGGGGUUGAAGAGAUAAACAAAUGAUGCGUAUUCACACCUCUGCCAUCUGUUGUAUACAGGGGAAAAAGUCUGUUGUUUACUGUUAGAAUGACCCAAACUCAAAUCCUUAACAUUGGUUUACUGCCCUUCUUGCAAUCACAAAUGGAGGGUGCAACUGGAUCUCAAAGCCAAUAUCAACAUUUAGGAGGGGAGAAAUGAGAGAUAGCAUAUUAUUUUCAGAGUUUAUUUAGAUGAUGAGCAAAUAUAGUUAAUAAUAAAUGAGCAAGGGAGGUGGAAAGAGGAUUAGAGAUGUGUGAAGGCCUGAUUGGUGAUGGUAAUAAGCAAUGAUCAAGGAACUUGAAGCUCAAUGGUUAAAGAGAUUGAAUGAACAUACCAACUCAAACUGAGAAUACCAGGAAUUUGUGGCAGUGUUUGCAAAUUACUCAUAACAUUCACAAAGUAGUAUACCUGCCAAAUAUUAGCUACUCGUCAAAAUUACAAGAACUUUCGUAGUGUUUUUUCCAAGGUUGAUGGCAUUAUGGACGAUGAAAAUUCUGAGAAAAUUGCUGGUGCUGUGUGAUGCUUGUUUAUUUUUGCUGAGCUAGUGAUUUUUUAAUUUUGCACUUCAUCUGCUACUCAGAUUAUAUUGCACGUGCUCAUAACUUUGAGAACUUUCCUCAGAAAUCAAAAGGGUUUGGUUUGGAACGAAUCAGGAAAAUAAUUUGAGAAUAAUUAUCAGGCUUUUAUAAGCUACUGAAAUCUUAGCUUAGGCUUAGCGCAAAUUUGUCAGUGAAAUUCACAGCAGACAAGCUGCUUGAAAUGCUCCCCCGAUUGGUUGCUGUAUGUGCAUGGUGAGCUGUAAAGGGCUCUAAUUGAUCUCCACAAAUAAGAUUCCCUGCCUCACUGCAUUAUGCACCUGCUAGAAGAUGGAUGGUAGAAGUGGAUAUUAUUCACAUUACAGUCGUGUAACUGUACACCAUUUUGCAGGUUACAAAUACAAUGCACUUUUCAGCCUCUUCUAACAUGAAUUACAUGUACAUAAAAAUCUAAAAUUUAGGAUGUAAGUCAUAUUUAGUAUUUCCAAAUAAAAUAUGAUAAAAUGUAAUGAUUAUAUGUGAUUGUAGUUGAUAACCUGUGUAUUAGAAUCAGACACAACAAAAUCUAAGUUAUCACAACAAGUUCUGUAAUCAUUCAUCGCCACACAAAACCUCAUUGUGAAGACUGCGUAUGGAUGACCAGAUAUUAAUCUGAGGGAUACUCAAUUCUCAGUUAUUCUCCUUCAUCCAUUUCCCACUUUCUCCUGCUUUUGUUAUAUUUGACAAGAGAGAUUGUCCAAAGUCACACCAACCAAGAUUUGUGACUGGUCUCCCAAGAGUUUUUGAUGUGGUCAAGUAGCACCCUCCUUUACAUUAUUCACUAUUCCUUUGAUAUAUAUUAUCUUGGUCCAUGUUAUAGAUGUUGUAGCCAUAAUUAUCUGAUUAUUUCCAUCAGUCUUGUUUUGUGUAAGCUUAUUUAUUUAUGAUCUGGACAUUUAUGAGAAUUUAAUUGAAUUUGUUUUUAAAUUCCUGAUGAUAUGUUUGGUUUAAGAUUGAUUGAACAUUUUUUUCUUUCUCCCUUUUUUCUUGUAUUCUGCAGGUCAAGCUAGUUGUUCCCAACAGUACAGCAGGUCUAAUUAUAGGUAAGGGUGGAGCGAUGAUCAAAUCCAUAAUGGAACAAAGUGGUUCCAGAGUGCAGAUCUCCCAGAAGUCAGAUGGUAUCACCCUGUCAGAGAGAGUCAUCACAAUAUCUGGGGAAUGUGAUAACAACAGGAAGGCUAUGUCUUUCAUAAUCAACAAGAUCCAAGAGGAUCCACAGAGCGGUAGCUGCAAUAACCUCAGUUAUGCCACUAUAACAGGUCCAGUAGCCAAUGCUAAUCCCACUGGCUCUCCUUUUGCAGAGGGUGUCUCUUCUGCAGUGGCUUCCAACCUGGCCGCUGCAGCAGCAGCAGCAGCAGCAAUGGGAAAAACACCACAGAUUCCAAUGGCUGGCCAGACCUUAUCAGCACCUUCCCUUCCUCAUCCCAUCGGUGGCGGGCUGACCAUUCCUUCUAUGAUGAUCAGCUCCAGGAUUCCCACCAGUCUACCAGCUCCCAUCAACACCAGCCAAGCAGAUACCUCCUCAUUAAGCAGUGCCAUGAGCAACUUUGCGGCAUACAACUAUCCAGGUCUAUCCUCUAUGGGCAAUCUUCAAGGUUCUUUGGGUGCCACAAGCCCAUUAUUAGGUGCAACAGCUCCAAUUCAGGCAUCCCCUCAGAUGUUCUCAUCGGGAUUGCUAGGAUCUUACCAGGUAGCCACCACCAUCAGUCCUUCCAGCAAAACAACUCUGUCCAGUCCAUCUCCCACCAGUACCGCCGACUCACCCUACUCCAAUGGUAGUACAAUGGGUAUUACCAUCCCCAGUGCCCCUGAGACCAUCGUGCCUGGACUUCCAAUGAUGCCACUUGGUGCCACAAUGGCUGGUGCCACAAUGGCCGGCUUCCCUUCAAUGGGUGGCAUCACGAUGGCAGCCGACCCACAGAAGGAAUCUAUCCUGGAGAGCGAGGUGCCGGAGACCCUAGUUGGUGCUAUUUUGGGGAAAGGAGGUAAAACGCUAGUGGAAUUCCAGAAUCUCACCGGGGCCAAAAUACAAAUCUCCAAAAAGAAUGAAUAUGUUCCAGGCACACGCAACAGACGGGUAACGAUAACUGGUCCAGUUACAGCAACUCAGAGCGCACACUUCCUGAUUAUGCAGCGGUUGGCCCAAGAGGAACAAAAUAGAGCCUUGAAGGGUACCACCUAAGAAUAAAUCAAGUGAAGAGUCGUGCCUCACUCUCACUCACUAUAAAUCUUUCUUAUUCACCAAAGCAUCUUGGAUGACCAAGAUUUACCAUAGUAAUUAUAUAACAAGGAAAGUGUGCCUUGUGGAAGACUUUUACAGAUAGGCAGGAUGAGAGUUGAUGAAAUCACUAAUUUUGUUGAGAAUUUUUUUUUAAAAGAAAUCCAAUCGGGAAUUUGAGAUCUUUCUUUGAAUCUUUCAGUUCAAUCAGUGAGCUUUUGAACUCAUGGGACAAUUCUAGAGACUUAAUCAGUUGUAUAUGUGAGAAAGAAGUUAAGAUUGAUUUUAAGAAACUUUCUCAAUUCCUUGAUCUUGAGGACAGCAAUCGUGUCUUUGAUUAAUUUGUGUUGCCUUGUUAAGUCUCUACACAUUGUGAUUUCACUCUUAAUCAUGGCAUUUUUAUGCUGCUCGAGGACCCGCCCACUGGUUAUAUUUUUUUGGAAGUGCAGUUGAUUUACGAAGGGGAGAGUGCAUAGACAAUAAUUGUGUAAGUAUUCAUAUGUUGUAUAUUGAAUAUCUGAUUGAUGCUUCCUCCGUUCCUGAGAGAGAAAACUGAUUAUUUUUUUUGUGUUCUUUGUACUUUGAUUCUUCUCUGAUCAGAAAUUCUUCCCAGAGAAUCUUUCUUUGUUUGUGGUUGGUGAAAGAAUGAGAAACCAUCGAUCACAACUGGGACUAAGCAAUAUGGUGCUGGAUUUGAUUAUUGUAGUUGUUAGACUUGGGGAUGGGUUUUGUUUUUUUAAACUCAUGUCAAUUAUCAACGAUGAUUCGAUCUCUUUCCUUAUUUGUCUACCAAUUGAUUUAUUUAUUGAUUAUGUUGUCAUCCUUUUUUUUUAGUUCAAACAUGUGUAUUUGCAACUCUUUCAUGUAGACUUUUAUAGUGAACAAAAGCAAAAGCCUUUUGUUAGUACUGCCCAUAAGAAUUCAUUUUCCUGGAGAAAUUCCUAUACCUUGAGAGCGUGACUAUAGAGUUGACGUCUGGGAAACUCUUAGAAAUGGAAAAAAAAGUAUUAACGACGAACAUUGAAAAGCGAUCUCGCCAUCUCAAAGCAACAUCUCUCACUCGUGCUCCCAAAUCCUCAACUCCAAACUUCAAUAUCAGACCUGUAUUAACAACAUGCAUGCUGCAUUUCUUGUGGGAACAAAAUGAUACCUGACUCAUUUACGUACAUAUUAUCUGUGUAUGUAUGACUUUGCAACAUUACAUACAGAGAGAACUUCUCUUCACGCCUUUUGUUUUUUUUCUCCAGACAUUUAAUACUACCUUUGACAUUUCAGAACAUCUUGUUUUUGUUGAAGCACCUUUAUUUUUCAAGACUGUAAACAUUUCCUCCGAUACUAAAGCUUCAAUAUGUUUCGUGUACACAGUCUCAAUCAUGACUCAUCUUGUGAUGCUUCAAUCUUCAAAUCACUUGGCCCUCUAACUUUUAAAGGAUUUAGAUCUUUAUUUUCUGCCACCUGUAUUUUGUGUGUUAAAAAUACUGAUUCAGCUUGUUUUAUCCCACCUAUGUUUAUUUUCUCCAUUUAUACCAAAUCAAUCUCAUUUUGGGUCUAAAUAUGUCUUAUUUUUUCUGCUUUCAUCUUAUAUUGUCAUGUGUUAAUUUAUGCAUUGAUCUUGGUAAUUUUAUGCAUUCACAAAUCAUGUAUAAUGUAGACCAAAUUCAAGGCAACUCUUCAAUUUCUAUUUGGUAAGUUUUUAUCAAAGCUUUUCCAUAAGUUUCCGAUGUCCAAAAUAGGAAAACAGCUCUCAAUAAAAGUAGAUGUUUUAUGCGGUCGGAGGUGAUUUGGAAAGUUACUUUUAAACUUUUCAUUUUUUGGUGUGUUUCCAACAAUGCAAUAUCCAAAUUGUUUUUGCCAUUUGAAAAAGGGAAAUGCUAUAAAUGUGCGCAGUUGAAGAAAAUGACUUAUCAUCCAAAGUUCUGGGGAGUGUUUCAGUAAAUAAAUAGUCAGUGAUUAUUCCCUGACUAAUUUGCUGAGCCAAUCAGAUUCAAGGAUCUUGUUAGCUGUAGGUGAAAAUCACUAGAUAUUCGUUUCAUGAAAUGCUCCCUGUACUGUGUACUGUUCACCAACGGUCUCUGAAGAUUGAAAGACCUUGUCCAAAUUCAACUCCCUUCCUGUUUGGUUUGUACAUCGGCUUCAGUUUGGGUUACAGUGUACAUCUGAAUGGCUAGGUCUCUAUGUACAUGGUUUGUGAAUGCGGGUUUAUGUAAUAACAACAUCUCAAUGAGUAUAUGCUGCAUUUGAUUAGAGAUCACGAAUCAAAACCUUUGUGGACGUAGUACUACUAAGACUUAGAAAACUAUCACUUUGUAUGGGACCAGAGGGUAAUGGUAUGAUGUGCAUUCUAACCGGAUGAUAAUAGAUUCAAUCUUUUCAUGGGAUUCAACUUGUCAGUCACCCUUUGCUAUUUAACCAAGUUUCAUAGCUUAAAAUGCUUUUCAUUUUUUUUUCUUCAGUGUUUUCACUCUUUCAAAAAUACUUUCAUAAUCUGUACCAAACAUAUUUCAGUCUUUUUUUCAGGGGGCAUAUGACCAAUAGAGUAUAAUAUAUAUCUAUAUAUAUAUCUAUUAAUGCAUUUUGUUGCUUUUGUCGUCCAUGUAUAGUGAGAUAAUUUUCUAUGAAUAAAUCUAGACACGAAAAAUUCAAACAUUA